GAUAUGCCUUGGAGUGCUGCAGGGUUUCUUUGUGCUAAAGCUUUGUCAUGCAUAGACAGGUACAAUAGUGUCAGUCUGACCCUGCAUGCUGUUCAAGUUUACAAGAACAAGACCAACAGUUAAAAAAAGUUUUUAAUUGGCUGGAAUCGGUCAAACACACUUGUCAUGUCUGAUAUAAGGACCAUUUCGUUUUACAAUCUCAGAAGGCGGUGCGCCGGCACUUUUGUAUGUUUUGUCGUUGCGUGAUGAUUAACUAACAGUGUAUUUAUGGUUAGCUGACACUAAGAGUAAAUUCUUCAAAGCUUCUGUAGUGAAAAGUGGAGCACAAGGUAUUUUUUUAACGGGAGGAUGAUCUACUGGUAGUUCUUUCAGCUUUGGUCAAACUCAAGUAAGGAAGGAUUUAACGAAUAGGAAUAUUGGACAUUUGUUCUCAGGAUCCUAGGGUAUUUAUAUAAAGAAAUGUAUUUUCACUAUGGACGUUAAUUGUAAGUUCCAACAAACUGACAUAAUUUUAACACCUGAUCUGUAUUAAUAAUUGUUGACUCAUAAUUUAUCUGCAAUAAUUUGGUUCUCUUUGAAAAAGCGUUUUUCUCAAUCUUUCAAAAAUAGUUUUCAUUUCAAGGAUUGACUUUGUACUUUCUUUUUAAUGUAAAUAUCAGCGUGACACCUGUUCUGUAAUUCAAACACCAUUCGCAUGCAUCGAAAAAAAUAUUGUCCACUGAAAACAAAGGAAAUUACAUUUUAGCACAAUUGCCAAGCAGUCAACCUGUGAAAAAAAGAUUCGGACAACAAGUUACAUUGGUUACAUAGUAAAGGUUGACAUUAGCUUUAGUCCCUCACUGAUCGAUCUCUGACGGACGUAUUAACCAUGGCAACGGGUACUGGGGGCCCCGUGGCACCGUUCUCUGUGUGGGACUAUGUGGUGUUUGUGGGCACGGUCCUGGUGGCGGCAGGCAUCGGCCUGUUCCAAGCCAUCCGCGGUCGCAAGAACACUAGCAGCGAUGAGUUCCUACUGGGGGGGCGUCAGAUGACUGCUGUGCCCGUCGCCAUGUCCCUCACUGCUAGUUUCAUGUCUGGCAUCACUGUAAUUGGCACGCCGGCCGAGGCCUAUCGGUUUGGGGCGGCCUUCUGGAUCUUUGGCAUUUCCUACGCCAUUAUGUCCACCAUCACCGCUGAAGUCUUUGUUCCUCUCUUCUACCGGCUGGGCAUCACCAGCACCUAUGAGUAUCUGGAGAUGCGCUACAACAUGUUGGUUCGCACUAUUGGGACCUCCAUGUACAUCUUCCAAACGGCCCUGUACACAGGAAUGGUUAUCUACGCCCCCGCGCUUGCUCUUAAUCAAAUCACAGGGCUGGACCUCUGGGGAGUGCUGGUGGCAACUGGGGUUGUGUGCAUCAUCUACUGUACGCUGGGAGGUCUGAAAGCGGUGAUAUGGACAGAUGUGUUCCAGAUGCUCAUCAUGUUAGCAGGCUUUGUGGCCGUCAUCGCCAGGGGGGCAGUCGUACAGGGGGGCCUGGGGAAGAUCUGGGACGAUUGUUACCAGGGAGGCAGGCUUGACGCAUUUGAUUUUGAUCCGGACCCUUUGAAGCGUCACACAUUCUGGACCAUCGUGGUCGGAGGCAGUUUAAUGUGGGUGUCCAUGUACUCCAUCAACCAGUCCCAAGUUCAGCGUUACAUCUCCUGCAGAACUUUAACUCAAGCCAAACUGUCACUGUAUGUCAACAUGGUCGGUCUCUGGGUGACUGUGAGCUUAGCGGUGUUCUCCGGCCUCACCAUGUAUUCCAUUUACAAGGACUGUGAUCCACUCACUAAUGGUGAUGUAGGGGCGAUUGAUCAGAUGCUUCCAUACCUGGUGAUGGACAUUCUGGCUGCUUAUCCCGGAGUUCCUGGGUUGUUUGUGGCUGCAGCAUACAGCGGCACCUUAAGUACUGUGUCCUCCAGCAUCAAUGCACUGGUAGCUGUUACUGUAGAGGACUUUAUCAGGCCAGUAUGGAAGAACUUGACUGAGAAACAGCUGUCCUGGAUUAACAUGGGCCUCAGUGUUUUCUUUGGGUUUCUGUGUAUUGGAAUGGCUGGAGUAGCAUCACUGAUGGGGAGCAUUCUGCAGGCAGCCCUGUCCAUAUUUGGAAUGAUCAGCGGACCACUUCUUGGACUUUACCUGUUAGGCAUGUUCUGGCGCACUGCAAACGCUACAGGGGGACUUGUCGGUCUAGUUGUGGGCCUUGUUGUCACUCUCUGGGUGGGGAUUGGAGGGCAGAUAUACCCACCUUUAGAUGAUAAGACCAAGCCCCUGCCAAUCAGUGUGGCGGGCUGUAACCGCACACAGGACCUGAACUUCACCACCGUGACCCCAUGGACCAGCCUAGCAACACUGACUCCCCUGCCCGAUUAUCGUCCGGCCCUGGCAGACGAGUGGUACUCCCUGUCCUACCUGUACCUUAGUGUUCUGGGCACUUUGGUGACUGUGAUUGUGGGCCUGGUGGUGAGUGCUAUCACAGGUGGUUGCAAGCAGGAGAAGCUACGCUCCGAUCUCUUUGUAAUAAGAAGUGAUCUAUUCUGCGCCGGUUGCGGCAAGGACCCAGAGGUAUCGAAUCUUGAAAUCAAUGAAAAGGCAGAGGCAGACCUAAAGAAGGGAUCGGACAAUGCUGGAUUUGUAGACCCUCUGUUUAACCCCAUUGAAAAGGUUAUGGAGAUGGGCACUAAGUUGUGAUGUUACCAUCAGUCUAACUACACCAUCAGCUAGAGUGCCCCAAGAGAACAAUUUGUUCUCUCAAGUUUGUGUCAUUUGGCACAAAAUUAAUUGCUAAGUAAAGGAAGACCAAGAGUUUAAUUAAAUAUAAAGAUUAAUGAAGAACUUUGUAACAAACUGAUUUCUAAGAAAUGCAUUUUACAUUGACAUUUUUGUAAUUUAGCGGAUAAUAAUUUAGAGAGAGACAUGCAUUAAAGGAGGAAUGUGUCUAUUUUUUUUUGCAUUUUCAUUAGAGAAAAUGUCCAUAAUAUAUCUGCAUUAAUAGUGGAAUGAAAGUGUUAUACAAUGUUCUUUUCUCCCAGAAAAGACUUUGGGUCCCUUACAGCCUGCAUGCAGAUUGUAUGGUUUCAACAUUUCUUCCAACAUUGUUAUUAGGAGACAAGGUCGUCGUCUCCUUCAGCUCAUUAAACAAUAGCAGACGAGAGCAUUGUAGUUGCUGAUUGCUAAAGUUCUAUACAAUCCAAAUUUAUUUUCAUACAAAAAAAAUCAAGCAGAAUAGUGCUGGGAAUCCAUGUGUAAUCUAUAAAAUAUCUUUCAACAAUAAGUAAAUAUUGUUUUUAUAGUUGUUUGAAGUUCGUUGACCCAAUCUGAAACUGAAAGAGUAGCAGGAGUGUGAAGCAGGAAGGGUUGAUUUGAAUGUUUUAAUACUUUUUACUUCAAUUAAUCUACAAUCCAAAACAAGACCUAGAUCUUGCUGUGCACAUUACAGCCAUGUAAAGCAACAUUUUAUUUAAGUAUGUCUUAUUUACAUUUUUUAUUAAAUUCAAAUGAAAUGACUUGUCACUGCAAAUAAUGUACUUUUAAUAUUAAGCAUUUUGAUUAUGUAAAUCCAUUGUGUUUUACAGAUAUGUCUUAUACUAAUUUUGGGAAUAUAAAGAUUGUUCCGAAAUGCAUACCAGUUCAUUAGCUUGUUUUACUUGGUUGUUUCAUUUUUGCUUUGUUGUUUCAUAAAAAGCUUGUUUGUAAAUUAAGUUAG